GACACUCUCUCACUGGUCACUGCACUCUCCACUCUGCAGACAAAAAAGUUGCACAAUGCAUGGCUCUUUAUUGUUUCCACUGUUCACCAUCUUCUUCUUCUUCUUCCUGUUAUCCUGCGCACCUCCCCCCUUAUUCUGCGCCUCCCCUGCCAGUCUCCGCCGUCGGCUCCUCUACGAUGCCGCCCUUCCUCCGCCGGAGGUACCCUCCUCCACUUCUACCCCCGGUGGCUCCCCGUUUUUUCCAUUGUACCCCGCAGUCCCUCCGCCGCCUCCUCCGGCGACAUUCGCCACUUUUCCGGCGAAUAUCUCCGCCCUCGUCCUUCCUCGCUCCCCGAAACCCCAACCUGGUUCCCGGAAGCUUCUAAUCCCAGCUAUCUCCGCCGUGUUGUCCAUUGCCACGGUCACCGGCCUCGCCUUCUUCCUAUACGGACGCUGGCGUGGGCAAAACGGUCGUUUCAAAGAACGACCCAAGGGCUCUGCUUCAGACAAUGACAACAGUAGCAGCCAUGAACUCUGUCAACCGCAGAGAAAUACCGCCAACAAGCUCUCUGUAACUGUUAACACCUCCGAGGUUCUCUACCUGGGCAAUGUCGUGACUUCGCAGUCUGCAGAGGAUCAGGGAGACAACAGGAUCAGUGAAUCCCUGUCGGGUUUCUCGAAGCCAGAGUCGCCGGAGAUCCGACCGCUUCCGCCAUUGCCGGUAUUUAGUUUCGAGCAGAAAUAUGUAGCAGCGGAUUCUCUCACCGAGGAAGAAGGAAACGAAGAAGAGGAAUUCUACUCGCCUCCGGCAUCACUGGCUUGUACCGAGAGCUCGACCCGACCUGGAUACGGGCCUGGGAUCGUGGGUCAAGAACACGGACCCAGUAACAUUCCGUACAGUACUUGCUCCUGCUCGUCCUCCAGUUCUGGUUCUCCGGCGAGGUCACUGUCUGUCACGAUUUCACCGCCGAUGAGCUCGACGGUUCGACAGAGAGACUCUGAUGUGUCGUCAGAGCAAAAUCCUCGGUCUCCGUCGCUUUCAGUAGCCUCUCCAUCGCCGGACAGAGGAGCGACGAGAAGCCAUAACAGAAGUGGGUCUCUGAGGAUGUUUAGCUUCUGGAACCAAAAUGUGGGGUUUCCUCGGAUUUCUUCAGCUUCUUCAUCACCCGACAGAGGUACGAUAAUAACACCCGAUGCCUGUGGGCGUUCUUCGCUGUAUUCUUCCGUUUCCACGUCGCCGGACGGAGUUUUCAGGAAGUUUCUCGAAUGUUCGCCGCCAAAAUGGAACGACUUUAAUCGAAAUGUGCAAUCUGUGUUGCUGUGUCCGAAUUCAGCAUCACCAAGAAGAGAUUUUGUAAUCAACCUUGAUAAAUCUUCUGAGAGUCUGAAUCCUUCCGGGGAAAUUCCAGAUUUUUGUAGAAGUGAACCGAGUGAACCAGCCCCUCCUCCUUGUCGGCCACCGCCUCCUCCGCCGCGAGAGCAGCCUCUUUCGAGCCAGAGAGUCCCUGAGCCGCCGCCUCUUGUGCCGCCAUCGCUGCCCUUUGUGCUCCAAAAGCCGUGGAAAAAGCAUUCUUUCUCUGAACUACCACCGGGUACUUCUGAAGCAACAGAGCAGAAAAAGACAAAGCUGAAACCGUUGCAUUGGGACAAAGUCCGAGCAAGUUCUUGUCGGAGAACGUCAUGGGAUCGUCUUCGUUCCAGCUCGUUCAAGUUGAAUGAGGGGAAGAUUGCCAACCCCUCAGGUUCAAACUCAAAACAGAGGAGUUGGAGCUGUGAUGCUCCGAUUCUAAAUCAAGAAAACAGAGUUUUAGAUCCUAAAGGGGAUCAGAAUAUCGGUAUUCUUCUUAGAGCGCUUAACCGCACCAUGAGUGAUGUCUGUCAAGCCCUUGUAGAUGGUGAUUGUGAUGCACUCGGAGUUGAACUCCUUGAGAGUUUAUCAAGAAUGGCUCCGAGUCAAGAGGAAGAGUUGAAAUUGAAGGAGAUUGACGAUAAUUCAUUGAUCAGACUUGGCCCAACUGAGAAAUUUCUCAAGGACGUGCUUGAUGUGCCUCUCGGGUUCAAAAGGGUUGAUGCAUUGAUCUAUGUGGCUAACUUUGAUUCCGAGGUUGAAUACCUGAAAAGAUCAUUCGAUGUUAUACAGGCUGCUUGUGAGGAACUGCAGAAUAGCAGAAUGUUCUUGAAACUUCUCGAAGCUGUCCUGGAGACAGGAAACAAGAUGAAUGAUGGAACAAACCAUUGUGAUGAUCAUGUCUGCAAACUCGACAUUCUCCUCAAGCUCGUCGAUGUAAAGGGUACAGAUGGAAGAACCACUCUCUUGCGUUAUGUACUUCAGGAGAUCAUAAAAUCAGAAGGUGCUCGUCUCUCAGACACCGUCAAGUUUUCAGAUUCUUCCACGAAUGAAAAAGAGGAGGAAGCCCGUUGCAGGAAGCUUGGUUUGCAACUGAUCCAAAGUCUCAGUUCAGAGCUGGCUGAUGUCAAGAAAUCUGCAGACAUGAACUACUGUGUCCUAGAAAGCCAUGUCUCAAAGCUUUCUCAAGGAAUUGAUGGAAUCAAGGAGAUUCUGCAACUGAGUGAGGGGAUUGGAUCAACCGAAGGGCAAUGGCGGAAAUUCAGGGAAUCCAUGCGCCGGGUUUUGGAAACCGCUGUAGAGGAGAUUAAGAAGAUUGAAACUCGAGAAAGUUCUGCACUUUCUGCAGUGAAGGAGAUCACAGAGUAUUUCCAUGGGGAUUCAGCCAAGGAAGAAGCUCAUCCAUUUCGAAUCUUCGUGGUUGUGAGAGACUUUCUCGCCAUUCUAGACCAGGUUUGCAAGGAAAUCGGGGAAUCGAGAGAAUAUGCAAUCCCCUGUUUCUCACAUAGUCUUCACUCAUAGUGAAGAAGGCCAAGUCUAUCAGAGACUGAUAUGUUAUGUUAUCUGUUAGUAUGUGCCAAGUCCGUAAGGGUUUCCACCAAAGAAAUGAAAAGAUGAUGAGGAGCCAAUCGUCGAGAAGAUGUGCCAAGUCCGUUGUUUUAGCAGCAGAUUUGAUCUUUGAUGUAUUCAAGAAAACAUCAGCUCAUGGAAUGUUCUUCUAUGUGUCAUCUGAUAGAGCUAUGACUUGGUCCAAAGCCUUUAUCCAUGUGUGAUCAAUAAACAAGUAAAUGAAUGUGUUAUGUUUAUAGA